CUUGAUGCCAUUUCACCUCUUUUGAUGCAUCUUUUCAGGCAACCAAAGCAGAACUGAUUGGUAGUCUGCAAGCUCCUACUUUUUUUUUUAUUGUUAAGCAGUACUCUAGAAUAUUCUUAGUCUUUCUAGAAUGUGUUCCAGAAUGUUCUCAAUCUUUCUAGAAUAUUCUUGAACCUACUUUAGAAUAUUCUGAAUCAUUCUAGAAAAUUAUUGUAGAUUCUAGAAAAUUCUUGAUACUUCUACAUAUUGUCACGAGAGGGCAAGAUCAUGAAGAUACCCAGACUGAGUCCCAGCGGGAGUGGAGGAUGACGUCACACUACGUCACCUCGCCGGCCGCCUACCCUGGGGCUCGGGAGUAUCACGUGACGUGUAGCAGCCCUGGGAUUGGUGGCGGAACAGUUUGGAGAGACAGAGUGGCGGGAGAGCACUGGUGAGGGAAGAAAGCCCGCGCGUCGCCGACACUGCCUCCUGUACUUGUAUGUGCCUUUGUGAGCUGGAGCGAGGCGUCAAGAAGCCUUCCGAGGGUCGACAAGAGGCCCGGGGUGCCGAGCUACAGCAUAGGACUACUGUGUAGUGUGAGCAACGGAGAAUAGAGGGCCAGAAGCCACAAGUGUGUUUUACUACUCGCCUUCUGAGGGGAGCCAGGGGAGAACACGGAGCGCCGCGGGGUAAGUUCACCGUCACGUAUGCAGGAAGCACCGGACCCUAAAAGUGUAAGUGUGACUGCCCACAGGGUGGUGAAGUUACAAUAUUUCUACUGUAUUCUAGAAAGUUCUAGAAUAUUCUGGAAAUGUUUACAAUGAAUAGAAUGUUCUAAAAUGUUCUAGAAACUUCUAAAAUUGUCUGGAAGAUUUGAGAUUUCCGAAAUGUAAGCAAUUUUUUCUAAAUAUGAUAUUUUUUUCUAGAUCUGAUCAGUUAAAAAAAAUCUUAUUAAAAUUAGAAAUCUUUAGAACAUGUCAUAUUCUUUCUUGCAUUGUUUUAAUUUAUUUGCAAUAUUUCAAAAGCAAUUAGAUAAGCAAUUGAAAUUUUGCAAAGGCCUUUACCUGAUAUGAAAACCAUACUAUAAUGAAAUGAGACAAAAAUGUAAAUUCAUUGUUCUAACUACAAAAGCAAAGUUUUAGGAUUUAAAUAAUCUUUUUUUUUUUCUAUUUUGUUUAGAUGGAAAUAACGAAAAUUAUGGUUUGGGAUCAAGGACAAGAUAAAAGUGAAAUUUUGAUACAUAGUGUAAUAGGUCUCCAUAACAUAUUUAGGAAACUAUAAUGUACUUUUUGUAACUCAGACCAUCACUUCUUUCUUUUUUUUUUUUUGUCUAAUGUGGAAAAGAGAGAGAGAAAGAAAAAAAAAGGUAUAUUCUCAUAUCUCAACACAGGAGAUCGCAAUGUUUUGGGUCUGUCUGCUGAUCGUAAGCUCUACCCACAGACUCAAUAAGCUCUGCCUAUUGGCUCAACUGGAUGGAUGGGAGCGGAGCGGGAGACCGUCUCCUCUUAUUAAAACUCCUUGACCUAACUCAAAGCACGGAGCUGGAAAAGUGUUUCAAAAAUUGAAAACGGCUGCAUUGGUAUUAGUAAAUACUGUAGUGCCCCCAUCAUCUCCACGUCUUUUUUAAAUAUUCCGUGGCACUAUAUAAAUAUAUGUUCAUUUGUGUAAUGAUUGCAUCAGCCCAGAAAAUUAACCCUCUUAAAUAUUCGGCAAGUCAAAUUUCAUAUUGUAUGUUUAAUGUGAGUUAAUUACUCGACUGAGGGUAGUUGAUCACCACAUAAUAACUUUUUUUGUGGUUGACAAUUAAUGUCUCAUUUAACAAGGUGGGAAAACAUUAACCACUCUAACAGGACAUUAUUAAAAAUAACCCCAGGAAGAACAUAUGCUCCUGCAACUAAAUUUUUUCCACAUUACUUGAUCAAUUGCACUAAUGGGAUAAUAGUUCCCAGUGUUGUACAAUAAGGGAGAAUAGAGAGGAAAUUAAAUAGCAAGCCAGACAGCCGAAGGGGACACCGUGAGUGGCUGAGAGGCACUUAGCAUCUUCCGAGAUACGGUAUUCACAAAGAAGUGCUCGGGUUGGUGGGUGGAGGUUGCUAACCUACCUGAGAGUGCUCAUUGGUUGCUGGCGGUGAUAUGUCACUGACUCAACGUGACAUUGUUUACAAACUUUGUUGCCUUGCCAAAAAGUAGCCACAGCCAUUACUCAUCAAAAUCUCCAGUCGUCAGUGUUCCAGUCAUGGCCAGCGAACCGUCAAAAAAAAAUUUAAGACCUUGGUUCACCGACGCCGAGACCAUAGCCUUGAUGGAGGAGGUAAUUCUGUGAUUCGGUGAUUCUGGGAAGGCUAGAAAACAAAAUCACCGCAAAGAAGAAAAUCAAGGCUUGGGAGGAGGUGACUACGUGCGUCAGCACAGGCAGCCGAGUGGGCAGGUCUUCUGAAGAGCACCGUAGGAAGUUUAAGAACCUGAGAAGCCAUAUUAAGAUCAAGGCUGCUGCAGAGCAAUGCCAUGCUGCAGGCACUGGUGGGAGACCUGCGGCCAACAAAACUUACACUGACAUGGAGCUGGUCGUCCAGUGAAUGCUGUCACCCAUAGCAUUUGCAGGACUGCCAAUCCCAGACAGUGAGGGUGCCAUAUUGGGAUUGUCAGGCCACCACAGCCAUUCACUCACAGUGGUGCUGAAACCAUCCAACCCUCUUCUGGUAGUGUUGCUGGGUCUGGAGGGGCCUCUUUAUUUAGUGGUGCUAUGGGGCAGUCAUCUGAAUUAGUAACAGUGGAUGAGGGCACAACUUGUGAAAUCAUCCAUGUUUCAGAUGACUUCAUCCAGUGCUUUCCGGAUCCAGAUGACAUCCAUCCCCCAGCAGCUUUGCAGCUGUCUGCAGCUCUGCCUACACCUCCCCAACCAUCAGCAGCUUUGCAGCCACCUGCAGCUUUGCCUGCACCUCCCUAGCCACCAGCAGCUGUGCAACCAUCUGCAGCCCUGCUUGCCCUUCCCCAUCCACCAGCAGCUGUGCAGUUGCCUGCAGUGCUGCUUGCAUCUCCCCAACCACCUACAGCACCCCAGCCAUCACCACCACCAGUUGUCCAGCAAAAAGUCACAGCAGAGGGCGCACCCAAACUCCUGCAAGUGGUUGCUCAGACCAUGAACUAUUGGUGCAGGUGAUGGAAUCACAGUGAGCUUUCCAAUUCUCCAUGGACGAGGUUGUGAUGGUGCAGCAGGAACAGGGGGAAGCUAUAUGGCAGGGUAUGCAGGUUCUCCAACAGAUUGCAGGGGCUCAGCAACAGAUGGCUGCAGUGCAACAGCAGGCUCUUCAGCAGAUUGCUGCAUCACAGCAGCAAUGUGUUGAACUUCAAAGACAAUUGGUGCAAUUAUGGUUUAAUAACCAGCAGCAGUAAUAUAAACAUUAUUUAUGUAAAUGUUUAGAAUUACAUUAAAAUUCAUGUAAUUUUUGUAAUAUCUGUUAAAUUUAAUUUCAGUUUUUUUACAUAAAAUACUAGUUAUAAGUACUGGACUCCCAGAUUGGGUGUUUAGUACUUAAGGAGGAAAAAAAAAAAAAAAAGCAUGCCUUGGGGUGUGUUGGAGAUCAGUAACCUGCAGCAACUUUUCUGCAUCCUGGCUUAUUGUGCAAUAAUAUCUUGUGAUAAUUCAUUCUGUUUACGAAUAUGGCUAAACCAAAGAGUAUUCAUCUGAGAGUAUUGUGCAGAUCAUGUGCCUCAAGGAACCAGGUCAUUCGGUGAGAGAACUGAACAGUUGGCAGCAUCCAGAACAAGUAUUGGUCAUGGCUGUUCAGGGAGGAGGGGAAUUUUGAUAUGCCUGAACCUAAAAAAACAGUCUGGGUGCCCCUGGAAGAUAAAUAAGAGGGCUGUUACUGUCCUAAAGCAUGCAGUGGCCUUGACAUCAGACUCCACUGCAUGUUUUAAGACAGUAACAACCCUCUUAUUUGUCUUCCAGGGACACCCAGACCAUUUCUUUGGUUCAGGCAUAUCAUGAUUCCUCCUCCCUGAAUUGCUGUGACCAAUGCUUGACUUGUCCUUGAUGCUUCCAACUGUUCACUUAUUUCUUUCACUAAAUGACCUGCUUUCUUGAGGCUCAUGAUCAGAUGAAUACUCUUUCGGUUUAACCGUAUUAGUAAACAGAAUGAAUUAUCACAAUAUGUUAUUGCGUAACAUAUUGCGUAUACACCAAGAUGGGGAAAAGUUGCAGGUUACUUCUCUCCAACAUGCCCCAAGGAAUGCUGAGGGGAGGCUGUGAGUCAGAUGAAUACUCUUUCAGUUUAACUGUAUUAGUAAACAGAAUGAGUUAUCACAAUAUGUUAUUGCAUAAUAAUACACCAUGAUGGGGAAAAGUUGCAGGUCACUUCUCUCCAACAUGCCCCAAGGCAUGCUGAGGGGAGGCUGUGAGUCAGUGGUGUGAAGCUGAGGGAUGCAGUGACGUCAUGGCAGGGCCUGCUACUUUAGGCUAAAAUGGUUCACUCUCAAGAGGACAAUGCUUUUUUGCCAUAAAUAUUGGACCCCCAGCCAAGGGGUUCAAUACUUAUGUUUAGUACUGUAUGUUUUAAUUUCUUCCUUUAGUCAUGCCUAGAGUACCUUGUUUUUAUUUGUCAUUUCUUAUUUCUUAUAUUUUCUCAUUUCUUUGUGCUGUGAUUCAUGCUAGUGAUACUACACUGUGAUAUCUACAAUGCCUUAGUAUUACUUAAAGUACAAAUAUAAGGUCAGAUUGUUGUGUGGUUACCUGUGGGGCAUUCUUAUACAUAUGUUUAUUUACCUUUUCUAACUUUACAGGCCCUGAGGUAUACUCAUAUUUGUUUAUAUGUGUGUUAUUCUUAUUUUUAUGUUUCUUUUUCUUUGUACCUCUUGUGUUUCCAAAGGCUUGGGUACUUGAUAAUUAUUAUUUAUUUAUUUAUUUUUUCAUAAAUUAAAUCUACAGCACUUUUUGUACCAAUUUGUAUUAUUCAUACCUAAUAUUUGCAAGCUUUUUCAUUCUGAGAUUAAAUAAAAUGUUGCAGUGA